AUGGAUCUACCAUUCUCCUUGCCGGUGAUCGUCGCCACAGGGACCGCACUACUGCUCGCGACAGCGAUAUGGAUAUAUCUCUUGACCAAGCGCGUUGAAAAGCCCAAUCUCCGGGUCUUUGAAGUGACAGAUGGUAAUGUCGUCGGAAAGCUCGAAGAAGCGUACAGAGAGUGUCCCGAUGAACCAUUUCUAUUCUCCAUGGCCGGAAUGUCCGUCGUCGUACUCCCCGUGGCCGAUAUAGAGACCAUUCGAACGCUGCCAGAAACAGACGUCUCYAUCAAGCAUCAUCACUACAAUGUAUUCCUCGGGGAAUACAGCUACAUGGGCACCAAAGCCGACGAGUUCGACGCCACGAUGCGGCACACUUUGACUCGGAAUACCCCCGUCGUUCUGGCUUCCUUCACAGCAGAGGUUGAGUAUGCCAUGAAGCAAUGCAUUGGAGAAGUGAGUCCCGACUCGUGGAAGCCAGUCAAGGUCCGUGGCGCAAUGUCGCGGGUCGCUUCUCUGAUGUCAGGUCGUGCAUUCGUCGGCCUCCCACUCUCUCGUGACCCCAUCUGGGUGGAAGCCACCGUCAACUAUACACAAGAUGUCUCGAGGGCUUGGAUGAAACUCAUAAUGCUCCCGUGGCCACUCCGGCCCAUCAUCGCUCCGUUCCUCAAGGAAGUACGCAAUCUCCUGCGUCAGCGAGCGGUGAAUGAGGAGCGUCUUGCGCCUCUAAUUGAGCAAAAGCGAGCUGGACUUGGCAAAGACAAGACCGUUCCAGGUGGCGAUAUGAUUGAAUGGUUUAUGCAAGAAUAUGAGAACAAUCAUCCAACGCCACAAGAGCUUGGCCGCGAUCAACUCCUAGCGACGUUUGCCUCGAUUUACAACCUAUCCAACGCUCUCUCGUACAUCAUCUACGAUCUGGCCGGAUAUCCUGACUUCAUCGCAGAGCUCCGACAGGAGGUCAUCGAUGUGGUGGGUGAGGGUGGUAGGAUCGACAAGGCGACAUUGCCCAAGCUUCGCAAGCUGGACUCUUUCGCGCGAGAGUCUCAGCGCAUGAAUCCUCCUUCGCUCGUGAACAUUCCCAGGGUCGUCACAAAUCCAAAGGGUCUUCGCACCGCCUCCGGUCACAUCAUCCCCAAAGGUAACACGACAACCAUCCGAGCCCAUCCCAUCAACCAAGACCCCAAACUCUGGAAAGAUCCCUCCAAAUUCGACGGCUUACGCUUCGAGAAGCUUCGUCAGCUACCGGAAAAUGCGCAAAAAUACCAGCACAGUUCCACAGGGGUGGACAAUAUCAACUUUGGGCAUGGAAUCUGGGCCUGUCCGGGUCGCUUCUUUGCUGCGGCGGAGAUUCGUGUCGUCAUGGCGUACUGUUUGAUGAAUUACGACCUUCGAGUCGUGCCGGGCGAACAGAAACCUGGGCAGGUUCAUUACGGACUGGCAACGCUGCCUGAUGGAGAGAGAUCGAUUGAGUUUCGACAGCGGACGCCCGAGAUCAAUAUUCGAUGGGAGUAG